AUGCAGCCAGCAGCAGCAGCAGCAGCAGCAGCAGGGGGAAGUAAAGAAAGAGAACUUGUUGGGGGAAGGGGCCGCAGAGGAGCAGCAGCAGCAGCAGCAGCAGCAAGAGCAGCGGCCAGCAGCAGCAGCAGCAGCAGGGUGCUGUUUCCGGUGGUGCGGGAGGAAGCAGCAGAGUACGGAGAAGAGAGAGAAAGGACUUUGUGCGGCUACGAAGAAGCAAGUGAUGAUGCUUGCUGCUUGAGCAGCAGCAGCAGCAAGAGCUGGGAAGUGGAGCCUGUAGUUGCUGCAGCACCCCUCUGCAGCACGACAGCCAGCAGCAGCAGCAACAGCAACAGCAGCAGCAGCAGCUGCGGCGCAGGGGAACUUCCCCUCUGGCUGAGCAGCUUCGAGGAGGACCCCGCUGUGUCUCCUUCAGCAGCAGAUUUGUCUUUCUGUCUCUCCCAAACAAACGCAGCAGCAGCAGCAGCAGCAGCAGCAGCAGCAGCAGCAGCAACAGGUAGUAUUCCGGCUCUUGAGCUCGGGGGUGCACAUACACCUGAAGUUGACUUGGCUUGUGCCUCAUCCUUUUUAAACGGCGCGCUGCAGCAGCAGCAGCUGCAGCAGCUGCCGCCUUUCUCCAUGACUCCGCUGCAGCUGCAGCAGCAGCAGCAGCAGCAGCAGCAGCAGCAGCAGGAUCUUUUUGGCGACUCCCUUUUGUCGCAGCUGCGGGCUCUGGGGAGCCGCGACUUCCUGCAGCUCGACGCGGCUUUGGACUUGGACCUGCAGCGGCAGCAGCAGCAGCAGCAGCAGCAGCCGCUGCUGCUGCCGCAGCAGGAGCAGCAGGAGGACCUGCUGCAGCAGGGGCCUGCUGCGUCUCUGGAGCUGCUGGGCCGCAGCGGCCUGAGCGUGCCCUUCCGCGGGGGCAGCAGCAGCAGCAGCAGCAGCGCCCCCGCCUCCGCCGCCGCCGCUGCUGCUGCUGCUGCUGCUGCUGCUGCUGCUGCUGCUGCGCCGCCGCGGCGCGGCGGCCGCCGCAGGGGGGGCCCCACGGGGCCCCGCGAGGGCCGCAGCGACUCCAAAGUGCUGCUGCAGUACUACAUGGGCUUGGUGCGAGAUUGCUGCCGCCGGCGAGAUGGAGCAGCAGCACUUCGAGUUUUGGCAACAGUUCAAAAAGAAGGAAAAGUCUUUCCCGACAUUCAACUCCUCAACUACGUCUUGUUUGCCUGCGUCGCCAGCGGCGAGCAGCAGCUCGCCAAGAGGCUCUUCAGCCGCAUCGAAGAGGCCGGAGUCGCGGACUUGGUGACUUACAACACCAUGCUGAAGGCCUAUUCGUCUCGAGGCGAAUUAGCUGCUGCUGAGGCGCUGCUGGAGAAGAUCCGCAGAAGCAACAUCGAGCCCGACGGCGUGUCUUACAACUUGCUGGUGAAUGCUGCAGUCAGCUGCGGCAGGGUGGACAGGGCGUGGUUCUACGUGGAGGAAAUCCAGAACCACCACAUGGCGCCGGAUAAAUUCACCGUCAGCGCCCUGGUGAAGAGCCUGCAGCCUGGCCAAGAUCCGAAACUGAUUCGCCGCACUCUACAGCUCAUGGAUACAGCGAACGCGUGCGAAGACCUGAUUUUGCUGUCGACUUGCAUCGACGCGACGCUGCGGCUCAACGACACCGAGCGGCUGCGGCGGCUGCUGCAGCGCUUCGAAAGGUCGCCGCUGACGCUCAACGCCCACGCCUACGGCACGCUGAUCAAGGCUUACGGCCGGCUGGGCCACGUCGACAAGGUUUGGGACUUGUGGAGAGACCUGCAUAGCAGGAAGAGCAUCGAACCGACGAACUACACUUACGGAUGCAUGCUGGAAACGCUGCUGUCGCACAACCUGCUGGCGGAGGCGAAGAAGCUCUUCACCUCGAUGGUGCAGCAGCAAGUGGCGGACUCAGUUCAUUUUUCAAUUUUAAUAAAAGGCCUCUCUCGCUACAAGUCCAGAGGCGUGGAUGUGGCUCUGGAGGCGUACGCGGCGGUGCAGCAGGCGGCCUCCGCGGCGGGGCAGCAGCAGCGCCAGCAGCAGCAGCGGCAGCGCCAGCAGCAGCAGCAGCAGCAGCAGCGGCAAGCUGUCCUCAACACAAUAUCUCUCAAUGCCCUUUUGCAUCUCUGCGUCGUCAACGGCCGAACAGACGACGCGCUGCGCCUCUUCCGGGAUAUGCAUGCGCAGGGUUCAGUCUUCCCUGAUUUGAUAUCUUUCAGCACGGUGAUCAAGGGGCUUUGCUGCUGCCCUGGAGACGAGCCGCUGAAGGAGGCUUUGUCGCUGCUGCAGCAAAUGCAGCAGCAGUACCAAAUAAAGCCCGACGCAAUUGUCUUCAACACUUUAAUUCAGGGAGCAGCAACGCGGCGCAACGUGCCGCUCGUGGAGCUGCUGCUGCAGCAAAUGACUGCAGCAAAUGUGCAGCCCAGCAGCUACACCCUUUGCCAGUGCGUGAAGCUUUACGGCUGCUCAAAGCAGCAGCACAGGGGGUGCUGCUGCCGCAGGGCGUUGUUAACAGGGUCUGGAACGCCGUCAACAGUCAGCAAGCAGCAGCAACAGCAGCAGCAGCGGCAACAGCAGCAGCAACAACAGCAACAGCAGCAGCAGCAGCAGCAACAGAGUAGCACAGACACUCCCCAAUUGAGCCGCAGAAGCAAAGCGGCAGGGGGCGAGAUACUGGCAGGUGCAAGAGCAACAGCCACUGCUGCUGCUGCAGCAGCAGCAGCAGCAGCAGCAGCAAAAGCUGCUGCACUCCAGAGGGUGACGCUCAAGCAGUUAGGCCAGAAGGCCCUGCAACAAUUGCAGCAGCAACAGCUGCAGCAGCAACAGCUGCAGCAGCAUCGGCUGCAGCAGCAUCCGCUGCAGCAACAACAGCUGCAGCAGCAUCCGCUGCAGCAGCCACAGCUGUAG